AUGGUGUCCGCGUGGGCGGUGACGAAACCCGGCCACGCCCGCCGUCCGCUGACACCCUCGGGGCAACUUCGUUCGUGGAGGUGUUUUCUCUACCUGUCCGGGGAUCCUUUUCGUUCGUCGUGCGCGUACUACGCUGCCACUACUCCGGACAGACUCCGUCGGGGGUAUAGCAAGCUCCGGCAAAGAAAGCCAGAGACACUAGGCCCGACCAGCAACGCUUGUAUGCAUGGAGCGCGGAGUUUCGGGCCGCCGCGUCGGCCAGAGACUUCCUCGUUCCCCUAUCGACCGCCAAUUCGACGGAAAUCGGGGGUUGAGGGUGAUUCUGACAUCUGGGACGCGAGUGAAUUUCCCCUGUCGAAAGAUCGCACUAAACGACAAUCGAACGUUAACGUCAACGUGACAGUUUGGCAACAGACGUCCUUGGCUCCGCCCACUAACCCAUCGCGAAAGGAGUGGACCGGUGUUGGAGGUGGAGCACCUCGAACGACACGUCCCGAGUCGCCGGGUCGGAGCGGAGGUACAUCGUGGUCGUACAUGAUGAUGUAUAUGGUGCGCGGGAAUAGGGGCGGGGCGGAGACAGAUGGGCGUGCGGAGGAUCCCUUUGAGGCUGCCGCAUGCGGCGCCAGUGCCUCUGCCCUGCAAGUUCUUCUUUUACCUCUUCUGGCCCCAUCGGAAACCUGCGGACGGUGCUUCGAGGCCUGA